UUAAUUGGCAAUAUAAUACAUACUAAAAAUCAUUAUAAUAAUUAUACUAUAAAUUAUUAUAAUUUGAAAAGAAUAGCCAGCUCUAAUCAGAAGAAUAACAAAUAUGUAUGUUGUUAAUCAAUCCCUUCAAGCCUUUAUUUUGAAGCUAUUUUAGAAUCACAUCAUUUAUUGUAUUUUAGAGAUACUUAUUUUAUUAAUUAUAAAUGUCUUUUAGAUGUAAAAUCCAAUUAAUAAAUAUUAACUGUGUUAAUAGUAAAGUUUGUUCAUAACAAUAGAUUUGUAAAAUCAGGUAAUUUUAUUAUACAGUUUAAAUAACAUUUAGAUUUAUGGCAUAAACUGCACAAUAUAUCUGCUCAGACAGGAGUGGACGCAUUAGUUUAAAUAUGUCAAAAAAACGAACGUUAAAGACAUUAUCUAUUAAUGAAAAAUUUAAACUCAUAAAAGAAGUGGAAAGUGGUACAAGGAAAAAAGAUGUGGCUACGAAGUUUGGAAUUCCAGCAAAUACUGUAUCUACAAUUCUAAAAAACAAACAAACAAUUAUCACUGCAAUAGAGAAUGGUGCUGCAAGUGGAACAUGUAAAAGGCUUAAAAAACCUACAUACAAAGAUGUGGACAGCGAGGUUUUAGAAUGGUUUAAAUCAGCUCUGAUUCAGAACUUACCUAUAACGGGAAAGUUAAUUAAAGAAAAGGCCAAAGAUAUAAGUGAAAGACUGGAAAUAACGAAUUUUAAGGCUAGCACUGGUUGGCUAGACAAUUGGAAGCGAAGAUCAGGCAUAUGUUUUGAAACUGUACAAUUGGGCCAUGGUGACUCAGACAGUGAUGAUAUUUUGGAGGAAGAAUUGCAGCAACCACCUUCGAAUGAAUUGGUGGAAAUUUCGUUAAGCGUUUUGCAUUCCUAUUUAAAGCAUAAUAAAAAUACAACCGAUUAUUUAUAUAAAAAUUUAGAAGAAUUGGAAACUUUUUUUGAAAUCCAAUCCAUCAAUCAAGACAAGUCUUGCCAAAAUUAACCGAAUUUUACAAUGAAUUAAAAGUGUGUUGUAUUUGAUAACUCGGAAGUCUUGAUAAAUAAUAUUUUUUGAUGGUAAGUCAUGGUUCGAGUUAUCGAAGUUAGAUAAAAAAUUAACCAGAUGUUAAUACAAAUAUAUAAAGGUGGGAAAUGCAUAAUAAUAAUCUGAAGAAAAACCAAAUAAAAAUUUAUUUUUGUAUAAAACCUUCAAUUUAUAAAUACAACCUGAAAACAAUUACAAUUAAUAUAUUAUUAUGUAUAUAAUAUGUGCCAUACACUUGCAAUUAUUUUAAAACAAUUGUAUAGAUAAA